AUGUAAAACCUAGAAAAGCUAUUGAUAGCUCCAAAGCAAUACAAAUUCUACUUAAUAAUUCAUCAUUGUUUGAAUUUAAUACACGGAGUAUACUAUUGCAAAAAUUACCUUGAUAACCUGAUAAAUGAUAGAUUGCCAUUCACAUUAGCAUGGUUUAGAUGCUCAUUUUUAUUUUUGAUUUUUAUACUAAGUUUAGGUGCAUCCAUCCUUUAUGUUUUAAUAAUACCUUAAAUAAUUACUUUAAAUUAAUAGCGUACAAGGGAUUUUAUCAAUUCAUUUAAAUUAUUGUUAAAACAAAAAUUGAAUACAUAUAUGGGGUGGAUAGAAGAUAUUGUGUAUUUACUAUAUUGUUUUGGAUUGGGAUUGAUGAUUUGGGACAUUCUGACGACUUAAGAAGAAGAAAUUCAAGAUGUAAUAAAUUCUAUAAGAUAUUAAGUUACAAUCGGCAUUGUCAAAUACCUUAUCAUUAAGUUUGUUUUAGAGAAAUGGAUGCAGAAAGCUAUAUUACAAACGGAAUAAAAUUUAAUAAUGAAAACAUAUUAAUUGAAUGAAAAAUCAGAAAUAAUCUAAGAACUCUGUCCAAUAUGUUAUGAUUCCUUCAAAUCUAAAGAACAAAUAGCACAAUAUUUAUGUCCAGGAAAUCAUAAAUUUCAUCAGGAAUGCUUAAUGAAAUGGUUAUAAGCGCCUUAUAAUAAAAGAAAGUCAUGUCCUUACUGCAAAUAACAACCAUUAAAUCGAACUAAAGACUUUUUAUGA